UGGUCACCAUUACCACCACAUAUGGUUGGUGCACCAACUCCACCUCCGUUAAUGUAUCGACCGCCGUCCCCUUACACUUCCUCGCCACCACCGCGAUUAAUGGGCUCCCCGAUGAGUCCGAUGUUUGGUGCGCGAUUGCCAUUUAUGCCAUGCCCACGUCCGCGAUGGGCUGUACCACCGCCACCUGGUGUAUCACGAUCACCAACACCAUCUGGACCUCGACCGUUUAUACCUAUGCCACCGCAUUCACCUGCGGGAUCUCCAAUACUAUGCCCGUCACCUGAAUUUUAUUAUUCGGGUAUAUCCCCAUAUAGUGAUGUAGGACCCCCAUGUCACGACUACGAAUACGUCGGUGUACCGUUGGAACCUCCAGGUCCACCACGACCACCUCCAUUACAUAUCGAUGGAGAUGAACCACAAGAUGGAAUGUCCACUGCUGAUAUUAUUGCUAAUCAAUCACAAGACUAUAUUGAUGAAAAAUUGGCAGAAUAUCAAGCAACCAUACAACAAUUACAAGAUGAGCAAGAACGUGUCCAAAAGAAAACUUUUGUUAAUUGGAUCAAUUCACAUUUAUCCAAGCGAGUUCCACCGCUUCGGGUAAAUGAUUUGAUCGAAGAUCUUAAAGAUGGUACGAAAUUGCUUGCAUUAUUAGAAGUGUUAUCCGGUGAAAAAUUGCCCGUGGAGAGAGGGCGAAAUCUUCGUCGGCCACACUUUUUAAGUAAUGCAAAUACAGCUUUACAAUAUUUAGCAAGUAAAAAAAUUAAACUUGUUAAUAUAAAUUCAACCGAUUUGGUGGAUGGGAGACCACCAGUCGUUCUUGGCCUUAUUUGGACAAUUAUUUUAUACUUCCAGAUUGAAGAAAAUAGUCGCGCUUUGGAGUACUUAGGACAAUUUGGCAGCAUGAGCAGUUUGGAUAGUGCUGGAACUAGCUCAUCAAUGACAAAGGACAAAUGGAAACAGGGAGCACGUAAAACAUUAUUACAAUGGGUAGCAAAUGCCUUGCCAAAGGACUUGGGUGUCGAAGUAAAAGACUUUGGCCCAAGUUGGCGUGAUGGUGUUGCAUUCUUAGCCAUAAUCGAUGCCAUUAAAGCAAAUUUAAUAAAUAUUGCUGACAUGAAAAAAGAAUCAAAUAAAGUACGUUUAGAAACUGCAUUUGAUGUUGCCGAAAGUGAACUUGGUAUAGCGCGUCUUUUGGAUCCAGAAGAUGUAGAUGUACCAAAACCAGAUGAGAAAUCUAUAAUGACAUAUGUUGCACAAUUUUUACAUAAAUAUCCAGAACCAAAGAGUACUGGACCAGAUGCCGUUGCAGCUAUACAAGCUGAAUAUAAUGAAUUAACUACUUGGCUGUUAUUAAAAACACAAUAUUUGGAUCAUUUACAACAGACAAACUCUUUACCAUUAAAUUACAACGAAUAUAAAACAUUUAAGUCUGAAGUUGAUGAGAAGUUUAUUAUUUACGAUAAAUUACGUAGUUUAUUGGAAUCACAAUCAGUUAUUUCAAUAACGAUCGAAUCAUGGCGUGAAAUUGAACGUUUAUGGACAAAAUUAGAAUCACAAUUACGUUAUUGGUUAUGGCUCUUGGAUGCACGUUUACCUGGUGAAUUUGGUGAAAUCGGUAAAUGGUUAGCAGAAGCUGAAAAAUUAAUUUAUAAUGAUGAAAUACCUACUGUAAUGAACGAAGAGACUGCUAGUAUUAUAAGUAGAAAAUUAGAAGAGCAUAAAGCAUUCUUUGCUCGACUUCCAGAAAUUGUUGAUAAAUUUCAAAAAGCUGUUAAUGCACCAAUACCCUCUGAUAUACCUAUCGAACAAAUUAAUAAUAUGGCUGCCAGAUUAAAUGCAAUUGGACCAAAAGCAACACAACGACGUAUUCGUUUGAAAUUCUUAGAACAUAAAUGUUGCCUUAUUGCAUUUUUACAAUUAACUGAAACAAAAUUGAAAGGUUGGUCUGUAAAAUAUGGACGUGUUGAUAAAGUUGCACAACUUUUAGAACAAUAUAGAAAUUUUGUAUCACGUAAUCGAAUUUUCCAAGAAUUUAACAAAGCAUACAUUGAUAUGCAAGCGGUUGUCGAAGAAUACAAGCGUGAUGGAUUAAUAGAUCAAAAAGAAGCAGCAUCUACUGAUAAAUUUAUGAGAGAUACAGCUGAACGUUGGAAAAAUGUUUCUAUGGAAUUACGUUGUGUACAAAGUAUGUUAGAAGAAGUAGUUGCCUAUUGGAGACGUUGGGAUAGUUUAGUUCCCGAAUUUGAAGAAUGGCUUAAUCAAGCUGAACCUGCAUUACAAUUAGAUGAAGAUCCAAAAAUGGAGUUCUUCCAAGAUAUUAGUAUUUGGAAGGAUAAAUAUCAAUUACUAGGAGAUACAGUUAGUUUUUUGAUUGCAACUUGUGAGGAACCAAUUGCUUUAGAAUUAAGAACUCAAUAUGGAUUAAUAACUAAUCGAUGGGAAAAAAUAUUUGCUAAUACUAAACAAUACAUGCAUGCCGGUAAUUUAAUUCGAAAUCGAAAAGAAUUUCGAUUAGGUGUAGAAAAAUUAAGUAAAUGGUUGAGAAACGCUGAAAGUACUUUAGCAUCGCAACCGUUUGGUUCGACACAAAAAAUUAAAGAUCAUAGUGAAAAAUUGCUGAAAUUACAAUCAGAAAUCGAAGAAAUUGAAGAAUUAUUUAAAACAAUUAGUAAAACUUUCCAAACGUUGAUACAAGAUUUAUCAAGAGAUGAAGUAGAUAGAAUGAUGAAUACGUUGAAAAAAGAAAAGGAAUCGUUAGUGAAAGUACGAGCUUUGAUACCAAUGCAAAUACAUUUAUUCAAUCAAUUACUUGUACAACAAGAAUCUUUAGAAGCUGGCCAAAAAGAAAUACAUCGUUGGUUAGACGAAGCCGAAUUAUUAUUAGGCUCGUACACAUUAGCGAAUGGAAAAGAUGCCGUACAAAGUCAACUUGAACGACACAAAACAUUCUUUUCACGUACUUUAUAUUACAAAUCAAUGUUAGACAGUAAAAAUAAAGUAUUUAACAGCAUUAUUAAAUCGGUUGAUAAUAAUGCUGAAAUUGAUACUAGCGAGGAACAACUUAAGAUGAAAGAAUUAAAUGAAAGAUUUGCUUAUGUUUCACAAAACGCACACACUUGGGAACAAAAACUUCAAGAGGCUGUACGAUGUUGGCACAAUUUCCGUGAAAAUGAACGUUUAAUUUCUGAUUGGCUGGGUAAAGCAGAAUCGCUUAUCUCUGAAAAACAUAUUGAUAGUAAACAAGCUGUUGAAACGCACAAAAUAUUCUUUGAACGAGUUAAUGAAAAAUGGAUACAUGAUUUAAGUCAAGCUGCACAAGAUUUGAAAAACUGUUUACCAACGGAUCAACAAAAACAAAUUACAAAAUCUGUUGAACGUUUACAAUCAAAAUGGAAAGAAAUUUUAUCAUUUGCUCCAUUACAUUUAAUGAGAUUAGAAUUCCGUUUAGAUGAAUCAGCAUUUUUACAAUAUUUAAAAGAAAUCGAAAAGGAAUUAAAUACCGAACAACAGGCGUUCACAAAACAAGAAGAUGUGGAGACAAUAAUUGAACGUAAUAAAGAUUUCUUUGUUACAAAAGGCACAAUAUUACAAGUCGAAAAAUGUUUGAAGAAUUUAGAAAAAAUUAGUACCGCAUACUCACAAAUACAACCCGAAGAUACAACAUUAACUGAUGCAUUGAAUCAAGCGGAAAGUCAAUGGGAAAGUUUAGCACAAAAGGUUGAAAGUAUGCGACAGACAUUACAACAAAUACCCGAACAAUGGAAAACUUAUCAUGAAAAGUUCACAUCAAUGGUCAAGUGGAUGAAUUUAGUUGAUGAAACUCUUAAAAAUAUUUUGAAUGAAGUCAAUACCAUGAAAGAAUUUGAAAAAGAGAAAGCCGUGUUCCAGAAAAUAUGCCGAGAAGCCGAUUCGAAACGUGAAGAUAUGAAGUGGUUAGUACAAACAUUGGAUGCUUUAUCCUCACAUUGUACUGAAGCUGAAGCUAUUGCCGAACAACAAAAAUUGGAAGCAUUAAUAAACCGUUACAAAAAUUUGAUACCAACCAUUGAAGUAACGAUGGUAAAAACUGAAGUAUAUUCAAAAUGUUAUACAUAUCGCAAAGAAGUACGCGAAGUUUGUAAAUUGUUGAAGAAAGUUAAAGAGGAUUCAAAUAUAAAAUCACAACCAGAAAACUUAGAAGGAGUAAAUCAAUCAAUUAUUCAACAAGAAACCGCUGUAAGUCAACUCGAUGAACAAAGAGUUAAUAUUAUGUCGAUGCUUCAACGUGGUAAAGAUUUAUCAAAGGAUACCAAUGCACCCAAAUUUGUUAAAGAAGAAGUACAAUCUUUAGAAACCGGAUGGAACGAAGCCUAUGAACAAACCGUCUUGAAAUUGAAACAUUUGAAAGAGACUCACAAAGUUUGGACGAAUUAUACAGAACAAAAAGAUGAUAUAAUGUCCCUCUUACAAAAGGCUGAGCAAGAAUUAAAUCGCAUUGCUCCUGGUCAACACAAUUCUAGCAACUUAGCUUCAGAUUUACAAGCCAAACAAGAAAUGAGUAUAAAAUUACGGAAAGCAACAGAAGAAUUACUUAAACGCUUACGUGAUUUAUGUGGCAAUUUAUGUUCAAUUGCAACACCUGAGAAACAACCACUUCUACAAAAAGAGGUAACCGAAAUAGAAAAACGUCUUUUGGUGACACUUGAAACAGUUCAAGAGAGAGUAGUUUAUUUACAACAAUUCAAUACAAAAUGGACUCACUUCCAAUCUCAAUUAGGAGAAUUACAAACCUGGGCUCAACAUACUGGACCAGCACUCUUGCAAGCAUUGCAAUCUGAAGAUGUAACCCCUGAAGAGAGAGUUAUAAAAUCAACUAAAUUACAAGAGCAAUUACACGAAAAAAUACAAAUUUUAGACGCAUUGAAUAACGAAGCUGUUGAAAUAUUAAGCAGCGACGAUGAAAAUCUAGAAGCGCAAAAAUUGAAAACGGAGGUUGUUAAAUUACAGAAACAAGUUGUAGCCCUAAAUACAACUGCACAAAAUCAAUCUCAAGUUGUUGUAACAGACUUAGAAAAAUGGAAACAAUAUCAAGCUGAACUUCAAACUAUUAAACCAUGGAUUGAAGAAGCUGAAGUAAAAGUUUCAAUGGGAAUGCCAAAACCUGUCAGUUUAGAAGAAGCUGUCCAACUUCAAAUUCAAGCCAAAGAAUUUGAACAACAAUGCGACAGACAAUUAGUUAAAUUACAAGGAGUUGCAGGAAUUACCCAACAAAUGGCGGUUAAGUCUGGUUCAAGAGAUGAAAUAGAUGCACUUCACUCAAGAUGGACUGUUGUACAAAAUAAUGCAGCUCAGUGGGCAAACAAAUUGGAUAAAUUAGUUGCAAACUGGCAACAAUUUGAUGCAAAUGCAAAUAAAUUAGAAACAUGGAUUACAGAAAGUGAAAAAUUGAUUGCUCAACAUAGUGUCAAUUUAAAUACACCCCAAGUUGAUAAAUUAGAAGCGGAAUUAUCAAAGUUGAAAGCUUUUAACAAUGAAAUAUCCGAACAACAAGCAAAAUUAAUUACUUUAACUCAAACUUCAGACAAAAUAGGACAUGGAAUUGCUUUACAAGGAGCAAGUGCCGUUAAAGGUCGAGUCGCCGAAUUAAAAACUCGCGUAACACAAUUAACUGAAGCAACAAGAGGUCGAAUCAAUGAAAUAUCUGAUGCAAUUUUAGCGCGCCAAGAAUUCGAUCAUAAAUUAGCAAACUUUACAAAUUGGAUGGAUCAAUUGCGUGUUCAAUCUGGUCAAAUUGAUCAAAUAAAUGCGGAUAAGGUUGAUGGAUCUUUACAGAAAGUGCAUGCACUGUUACAAGAACAUUCUGAAAAACAACCGUUAUUUAAUUCGAUUUACGAUGAAGUAAAGAAUUUAGCACUUCAUAGUACACCCGAAGAAGCUAAAAUAUUAAACGAAACUUAUACAACCAUGGUAAAUACAUAUCAAAAAUUGCAAGGCAAUUUAGAACAAAAGAAAAUUGCUUUCCAAAAAUGGUCAGAAUUGUUAAAUUGGAACGAUGACGCAAAUCGACAUUUGCAACACGUUCAAUAUCAAUUAGAAAAUCAAAAAUUACAACCACAAGAUAUUGAGAAAUGUGUCUUAGAAAUUGAUGAAAUUUUAUCCAAAGUUGAAACUUGGAAAUCUGCAGUACCUGUCAUUGAUUCAGUUACAGAAAUUCAAGUACGUGACAAGAACACUGGUAAACCACUAUCAGCGGCAAAUUUAAUCCGAGACGUAGAAGUUAAAGCUGUAAAUCUAAAAUCACAACUUGCUUCUAAAAGUGACGUAUUACAAAAAUUAGGUUCCCAUUGGAAUCACUUCCAACAAAUACAGACAAAUAUAACAAACAAUUUAGAUAAAGUCCAAUCUCAAAUUGAUAAUCUUCCAAAACCAAUCGAAAACUGUGAACAACUGGAAGAAGUUAUACAAACAAUUUCGAAAAUAUUAUCAGUACUUCAUGAGAGUCAAAACGAAAAAGAUCAUUUACAUGAAGCUGGUACUCAAUUAAUGAACGAAGAUCAAGAUAAAGCCUCAACAAUUCAAAAUAGUAUCACAAUUAUUGAUGAAAAAUGGGAUGCAAUUGAAUCUUUGUUGAAACAAAAUAAAACAAAAUAUGCUCAAAUUUUAUUAUCUUGGAAAGAAUUUAAUCAAGCGAAACAAAAAGUCGAAAAAGAAAUUAACCGUGCUGAAGAAUUAAGUACAAACACAGAAAUUCCAAACGAUUUAACCCAAGCAACGGUUACAAAUGAAGCCACGAAAAAAGCAUUAGAAGUUCUUAAAAAAUCGAAAAUUCAUUUAGAUAAAAUGGAUGUGAAAAAACAAUUAAUUAUUAAACAAGCUGAAACUUUACCAGAAUUUACACCAAAAUUGAUUUCACAAGCUGAUGGUGUUCAUAAAGCUUGGCAAAACGCAUACGAUAAAAUAUCCAAACGUGCACAAAAUCAUGAAUCCCAAGUAAUUAUUUGGAAACAAAUUGAAGAAACGAAAAAUAAUUUAUUACCAUGGUUGAGUGACAUGAAUGAAAGUUUAACGAAUAUUUUGAAUAAUCCAAGUGAAUUUAAAAUUGGCCAAGCAAAAUAUUUGAAAUAUAAGGAAGAGUUACCAUCAAAACUUAAUUUAAAACAAAAUAUUAUUGCAAAGGGUACACAAUUGAAAGAUAUCAAUAAUGGAGAAUCAAUUCCGAAUAUUGAAUCAUUAAUUAAAUUAUUAAAUGAAGAAUUUGCCGAUUUACAAGUAAUUGCUAAUAAAUUGGAAUCAAUAACAGCAACUUUCGAAGAAAAUGAAAAAGAUGUACGAAGUGAAAUACAAAAAACUAGUAAAAUCAUCAAUGAUUUACGUGAAGCAAUUAUGCAAUGCGAAGAUUUAUCUGGUGAAAAUACAGCCAUUUUAGAUAGAUUACGUAAGGUCAAAUCAUUGAAAAAUCAAUUAGAUAAUUGUUUUGUUAUCAUCAAAAAUAUUGAUCAAAAAGUUGGUAAAGUAGUUCAAGAAUAUCCAGCAUUCGGUGAAACAACUAUUCCAAAAGAAUUAAAUAUUUUACAAAAACGUUGCGAAGGUGUUUUAACUCAUUCAAAUAAAAUUGAAGGUGUUUUAUUAGGAUUCUUAAGAAAAUUCCAUACUGAAAAAGCUGGAGCUUUACAACGAAUUAUUUCAACACAAAAAGAAAAAGUACUUUGGUGUGCUCCUGAACCUGGAAGUGAUCGUUAUAACUUAGAAGUGAAAUUAUAUUCCUUAAAAGAUGUAACAUCCCUCUUAGAAGAUUGUCAACAAAGGUAUACCGAUUUAGAUGAAUCUUUGAAAUUAUUAACUAACGUCGAAACACCUGACGUAAUUAAACAAUUAAGUGAAGAAAAGAACUCGAUUCAUGAGGAUCUUGAAAGUUUAAAGAUUGCACAUAAAGAUACUGAAAAACAACUACAGAAAAAUAUUGAUUUAUGGCAAAAAUAUGAAUUAUCCUCAGAAAAUAUAUCGUCAUGGUUGAAAGAUAUUGAAAAUAAAUUACGUUCCGAAACAAUUAAUCAAAUUGAUAUUGGAACAAUUGAUAAGAAAAUAAAAGAAAUUCAGGAUUUACAAAAUCAAGUACACAGUCAUGAAAAUGAAAUUCAAGAACUUACACUUUUAUCGGAACAAAUACCACAAGAAUCCGAUUCAAGAAUAACACAAUAUGUAUCACAUUUGAAAAAUCGUUAUCAAACGGUAGUGAAAUUUAUUUCUACAUCACUUGAACGAUUUGAAAAUUUAAAUAAAAACAAAGAUGUUUAUCGUCAAUCUGUUAAAAAUGUUGAAGAUUGGUUAAAAUCGGCUGAGGAAAAAGUUAAUGGUUUUUCAAAAUUGGCAACUGUUUCUGCUAAACCAAAUCAAAAAACAUUAGAUCGUUUGAAAGAAUUUGUGGAAGAACGUGAUAAAGGACAAAAAUUAUUAAACGAAGCUGUUGAUGCUGGUGAAGCAUUAUUUGCUGGUGUAACUCCUGAAAAUCGUGAAGAAAUUCGAUUAGAAUUGCGUGCUCUACGAGAUGCUUCUGAAGCUCUUGUUGAUAAAGUUAACUCAAUUUACAAAGAGAUUGAAACAAUUUUAUUAAAGAGAUCUUCAAUACAAGAAAACCAUUCACAAUUACAACGAUGGAUUGUGGAUAUUCAACAAAAAAUUGGUACAAGUUUACCACUUGACUCAACUUUACCCGAGAAAAAGGCUACUUUGCAUCAUUUAAAAACACUUAGUCAAGAUGUUGAUGUCCAUAAAAACUUAUUAAAACAAUUGGAAGACAAAAUUCAAUCUUUAUUAGAAUCCGAUUCCGAUGUUAUAUCUGUAUUUAACAAAAAUUUGGAAGAGUGUGAAACAUUGGCUACAACUUUAGCUAGUCAAACUGAAGAAGCUGAUAAGCGCAUUAAUAAUCAUGAAACAUAUCAAAAAAGCUUAGAAAAAGCCCGAGAUUGGUUACAAGCAUUAAUUGCUGAAGCUAGUUUAGUUACCGAAGAAAGUCAAUUGGAAAAAGAUGGAGCAGAUACAAAAAUCGCCAUUGUUCAAAAUUUAUUACAACAAAAAGAAGAAGGUGAUAAAAUCAUACAAACUUGUAGCGAUCAAUUACAAACUGUAUUACAAGAGACGAAUAUAAAAGGUCAUCCAGCUUUAUUAAAAGGACUUGAUGAUCUCAGAGCAGAAUGGGUAAAUUUCUUAGAAUCAUGUAACGCUACACAAUCAAAUUUGAACGAAUUAUGUUCGAAAUGGAAUAAAUUUGAAAAAUUAAUUGAUGAAUUAGAGACAUUUGUAAAACAAAAAGAACUUCAAGUCAAAGAUCAAAGUUUACGAAAUACACUUGAAUCAAAACAAGAACAUCUUGGUAAACUUCGAGUUAUAGAAGAUGAAAUAUUAUCGAAAAAUGAUGUUUUUAAUAAUGCGUUAGUUCAAAGUCAAUCAAUUGAAGGUGAUUCUGAACUUCAAACAAAAGUUUCACAUUUAAUGACACGUUAUCAAUCAUUGAAAAAUAACUCGAAAGAAGCUAUUGGACGUUAUGAAUUAUUUGUAAAAGAACAUAAAGCAUUUAAUGAUUCAUACGCUACGUUUAUAGAAUGGCUUUCGACACAAGAAAAGAAUUUAUCAGAAUUGAGUCAAAUUGUUGGAGAUUUAACGGUGUUACAAGAUCGACAAAAAUCAAUUCGAGAUUUAAUUGAACUUCGUAAUAAAGAAAGUGCGAAAUUUGAUGCAUUAAUUGAUCAAGGUGAAAAAUUAUAUGUUCAUACAUCACCUGAUGGUCGAGAAAUAAUACGACAACAAUUAAAGAAUUUACGUACAAUUUGGGAAAGUUUCUCUGAUGAUUUACAAAAUGGUAGCAAUAAAUUAGAUCAUUGUUUAACACAAUUUGCUGAAUUCACAACAUCUCAAGAACAAUUGACUAAAUGGUUAAAAGAUGUUGAGAAAGCAAUGCAACAACAUACUGAAUUAAAAGCAUCUUUGCAAGAAAAACGGGCACAAUUACAAAAUCAUAAAUUGAUGCAUCAAGAAAUUAUGUCACAUCAACAGUUAGUUGAGUCUGUAUGUGAUAAAGCUCAACAACUUGUUGAUCAAACACAAGAUAAAUCAUUGAAUGUGUAUCUACAAUCGAUUAAACAUUUAUUCAAAAGUAUUGUACAAAAAUCAAAAGAUUUAUUGGAUAAUUUGAAUGAGUGUGUUGAAAAUCAUGAGAAAUUCAAUAAUCAAACAAAACAAUUCCGUGAUUGGAUUAAUACGGAAUCAGAGAAAUUAGUUGAAUGUGAUGAUAUUACUGGUGAAAAAACUGAUAUCAAUAAACGAUUGUUAAGUAUUGCAUCAAUGAAAGAGAAUCAAAAUGAAGGUUGUAAGAUUUUAAAUAAAAUUGAAGAGACAUUUGAUACGGUUGCCAAGAGUACAUCAACUACUGGAAAUGAAAUGUUACAACAUGAAAUUGAUGACUUAAAAUCAAGCUUAAAAGAACAUCUUCAUGAAAUAGAAAAUGUUGAGGCGAAACAACGUAAUGCUCUACAGCAAUGGCAAGAAUUUGAAAAAGAAUUAGAUAAUAAAACAAAAUGGUUCCGACAAGCUGAAGCUAAAUUCCGUGAUCAACAAUUACAAGCAACACUUACUGAAAAAGAAAAUCAAUUAAAGAAUUUAAAAUCACAACGUGAUGUUAUCAUUGAUAUGGAAAAAGAUGUUGAUCAAUUUAUUGAUCGAAGUAACGCAUUGUUGCACAUUAGCGGGGCUGAGCGUAUAAAACCAUUAAUCUCUCAAAUAAGUAAUCGGUAUCAAUUAUUACAUGUACUUAGCAAGGAAGUAAUUAAUAGAUGGCAAAGUAUCGUCGACUAUCACCGUGCGUACAAAGAUAAAUAUGAAGAUGCAAAUAAAUGGCUAACUCCUCUAGAAGAACAUUUAGCAGCUUUAAAACAAGAAUCACAAUCUGAAAGUCUAGACGCAAAAGGCAAUAGAUUACGUGUUUUGUUUGCUGAAGGAGAACAAGGCGAACAAAAAAUUAGUAGCCUUAUUUCAUCUGGAGAACGUCUUUAUCCAGAAACAGCAGCAGCAGGUCGUGAAGUUAUACGAAAUGAAUUAAGAGAAAUACGAGAACGAUGGGAGAAACUUGAAGAAGGUAUCAAAGAACAACAAAAAUUACAAGAUGCCCAAUCGUUGCAAUGGAGUAGCUAUCAAGAAACUUUACAGCAAACAAUUGCUUGGUUAGAUUCGAUGGAAAAAUCAUUGCAAUAUGACCCUAAUUCAUGGACAUCGAAUCAAGAAGUUAAAGCGAAAUUAUUUAAAUUAAAAGCACUUUUACAGGAAGUAUUAUCAUAUAAGAGAGUGAUUGAAACAGUUACUGAAAAAGCUCAAGUGUUAAUGCAACUUACACAAAAUAAAUCACAAACUGAAGAUGUUCAAAAAACAGUGAAAAAUAUCAAUCAACGCUACAACGAUUUAGUUCAAAAUGCUAACAAAACAAUACAACAAUUAGAAAGCACAGUUGAUGUAUUCCAACAAUUCAUUGAUUUACAGAAAGCACAUCAAGAUUAUCAAAAAUUAUUAUGGGAUCAAUUGGCUAAUUAUACCGAUUACAGUGGAAAUAAGACCGUAUUAGAAAAUCGAUUGACAAAAGUCAACGAAAUUUUGGAUAAUCUACCUGAAGGAAAUGUUAAAUUACAAUUUUUAACCGAACAUGUUAACAAAAAUAAGGAUAAAGUACCACCACGUGCUAAAGAUGUUAUGGAAAAAGAUUUGAAUAAUCUUAAAUUUGAUUUUGAAAAGUUUUCAAAUUCUGUACGAGAUUUGAAGCAUAAUUUAGAAGAAAGAUUACAACAAUGGAUCGACUAUGAGAGUUCCCUUAAUCGUCUUCUAUCAUGGCUUACAGAUGCUGAAAGUAUUUUAAAGAAUUACAUCUUAAAAUCAACUUUAGAAGAAAAACAAGAUCAAUUGGAAAAGUAUCAAUCACUUAUUUUAAGCUUACGUCAAAAUGAAAACGAAUUCGAUAAAAUAUCAGAUGAAUCAUCUGAAUUAGUACAAAAUAGUGGAGAUACACGAAUAUCAGUAAAUAUUCAACAAAUUAGUUCACGAUUUCAAUCAAUUCAAAAUACAGCCAAAGAAAUUGUCAAGAAAUGUGAACAAGCUGUUGCCGAUCAUGUUGCAUAUAAUGACAAAUACCGUCAAUGUUCUGAAUGGAUCCAAACGGCACAACAACGAUACGAGAAGUCUGCAGAUAGUACAAAAGUUGGUGCCCGACAAGAACUUAUCAAACGUUUAGAGAAUUUACGUGAAUUAAUUGAGCAACAAGCAAGUGCAACAUCUUUAUUAAAUAAUACAAUUGAAUUAGGGGAAAAAUUAUAUCCAAGUACAUCAUUGGAAGGACGCGAAAUAACUCGACAACAACUUCAAGAAUUACAACAAUCGCUUGAGAGCUUGUAUGAUAGUAUCUCAAGUACUGAACGCGAACUUCAAGCAAAACUUUCAAGAUGGUCUGGAUUCGAAGAAUGUUGCGAAAGUAUUCGUCGUUGGUUAAAGGAAGCUGAUUCACAGUUACCGCAAGAGCCCGAAUUGAAAACAACACUGGAUGAAAAGCGAGCUCAGCUUCAAAUCUAUCGCGCUUUGUUGCACGAUGCUCUUGCACAUCAACAAGAUAUAAUUGACUUAAAAGACAGAGCUGAAAAUCUACCAGAACGUAACGAAAAAAUUGAAAAAGAAUUAGCGUCACUUACUGCCCAACAUGAUGCUAUAUUAAAACGUGCACAAAACUUUGUUGAACGUUAUGAAGCAAUUGUUAGUGAUCAUCAACAAUAUAGCAAAGCUGUAUUGGAUGCUCAUGAAUGGUUGGAUGCAACACAUCAUACAGUGAAUUUAUGGGGUGACGCUGAUGUGGAAAGAAUUUCUCUUCUUACAAAAUUAGAACGUUUAAAGAAUCUGCAAGCCACAUUACCCGAGGAAGAGCCACGUAUUUCACAAAUACGUGAUUUAGGAUUGAAAGUCAUACCUGGUACAGUUGAAUCUGGCCAAGUAAACAUUCGAUCCCAAAUAGAUUCAUCACAACAAGAAUGGGAAGGAUUAUUAUCCAGUGUACAAUCCACAAUUGAAUCGUUAGAAAAUAAAUUACAAGCAUGGAAUGAAUACGAAUCAUUGAGAGAUCAAUGUUUGGCUUGGAUUAGAGAUACUGAUACGAAAUUACAUGCUGUUGAUUUAAAAUCAACAUGUAAAGAGAAAGAAGAAAUGUUAGAUACAUUAAAAACUUUACAAGGUGAAGUCAGAGCCAAAGAAUUGGAAAUUGAUACUGUAACAGAACGUGCCCAGCAAUUACAUAAAGGUGUAAUGACAUCAAGAAGUUCCCAAAUAUCAGAAUUGGGUUUGAAAUACCAACAAGUUGCCCAUAAAGUGAAAGAUCUAACAACACGUUGGAAUCAAUAUGUGUCAAAUCAUCAAGAAUUUGAUUCAAGUAUUACAGAAUGCUUACAAUGGCUCGCUGAUAUUAAAAAUAAAUUAACAUAUUGUAGUGAUUUAAGUGCCACUUCACAAAAAGAUCUUGAAGGUAAACUUGAAACGAUUCAAGAUUUAUUAUUAUAUAAAGACGAAGGUUUUGCACGUGUACAAAGUCUUGUAGAACUUGCCCAAAAUGUAUUAGCGAACACUGCACCAUCUGGUCAUGAAGCAAUCAAUAAAUCACUUGAACAAUUACAAUCUGAAUGGUCAUCACUUGCAUCGAAAAUGAUUGAAACAAAAUCAAUAUUAGAUGAUUCAAUAAAUCGUUGGUCUGGAUUCUUAGAACAAAUUCAAGGAUUGAAUAAAACAAUUGAAUGGAUGGAAACGACUUAUGAUGAAUUAUCACAAUUCCAAACAACAAUGACUGAAAAACGUAACCAAUUGGAACGUAUUAAAACAGUUGAAGAAAAAGUACGUUGCGAAAAAAUUGAGGUCGAUAAUUUAAAAUCAAAAGCAUCUGAAAUGAUAGCAAGUGGUCAACAAAGUCAAGCUGCAUCACAAGCUCAACAAAUUUUAAAUAAAUUUGAUACAAUGGCUGAAAAAAUUAAAAGUCUUUUAGCGGAUCGUGAAGAUCAAUAUCGUGAUCAUCGAUUAUACAAAGAAGCUCAUGAUGAGUUAUUACAAUGGUUAUCGCGUGCUAGAGAAAAAUUACCAUCACUUAAACAACGUAGUUUAAGUGAUAAAUUAGCGAUUGAAAAUUCUGUUGCACCUUUGGAUGCCCUCUUAAAUAAACAAGCUCAAGGGGAGUUAUUAGUUGAACAUUUACAACAUACAGGAGAAGUAGCUGCUGCUAGUACAAACCACGCUGGACAAGAGACAAUACGUAAUGAAAUUCGUGCUCUCCGUGAAAGUUUCGAAGGAUUAUUUAGAGAAAUUAAACAACAAAAAGAAUUACUUGAAGAAACUGUUAUUCACUGGCGUGAUUAUAAAGAAGAAUAUGAACGUCUUUCUGAUUGGUUACAACAAAUUGAUAUUAUUGUUAAAAAUAAUAAACUUGCGUUAGUUGCAACUUUGGAAGAAAAGAAAAAACAGGUCGACGAGAUGAAAGGUAUAUUGCAGAAACUCGAAACGGGUAAAGCUCAAAUUGAUAAAUUUAACGCGAGUGCAUCAAAAUUAUUAACAUCACAUUUGGAUACGUAUGUUAAUAAUCAAUUACGUCAUUUAAAUUCUCGCUAUCAAGUACAAGUGAAUCUUGCUAAAGAUGUUUUAAAUAAAGUUGAAACAAAUUACGAUCAACAUAAACAAUAUCAAGAGAACUUGGAAAAAGCACGAGCAUGGAUUGAGAAUGCUAAAGAAAUCAUACGUACAUGUUCUGAAUCAACAUCGACAAGUUCCAAAGAUGAAUUACAAAAACGUUUGGAAACCAUACAAAAUUUAUUACAAAAACGUGAAGAAGGACAAAAUUUAAUUCAUACAACCGUAAACUUAGGUGAAAAAGUUUUACGUAAUACAAGAUCAGAUGGUCGUGAUAAAAUCAAUACGGAAUUGAAAGAAAUUCAAAAUGAUUGGGAUCGUCUUGUACGAAAAAUAUCAACUGCUAAAGUUCAUCUUGAAACAAGUUUGUUACAAUGGGCUGACUAUAGUAGUUCUUAUGAUCAAUUACAACAAUGGAUUACCGAUCGUGAAGCGAAACUUCAACAAGUAUGUGAACAAAAAGUUGUGAAAGCUAAAAAAGGACAAACUGGACUUAGUUCACUUGCUAUUGGAGAACGUAAAGCUACUUUAAGACAAACAAAUAGUAUUGUUCAAGAUAUUGUUUCAUUUGAACCGAUGAUACAAUCUGUAACAUCAAAAGCAGAAGGUUUAAUGCAAGGAGCACCUGCGACAGAGAUUUCAAAUAAAUACGAAACUUUAAGUAAACAAGCUAAAGAAUUGUUUGCGAAACAAAAGGAAACUGUUGAACAACAUCAAGCGUUCAUUGAUGCCGGUAAUGAAUUUGUUCAAUGGAUUCGUGCAGCUAAAGAGAAAUUGAGUAAAUGUUCGGAACCAACUGGUGAUAAAGAAUCAUUGAAUAGUAAAAUAUCUCAAUUAAGAAUAUUACAAAAUGAAUUACCUGAUGGUCAGAAGAAAUUGGAACAAGCAUUAGAACAAGGUGAUUCUGCAUGUCAAAAUGCAGAUGAUGAAGAUAGAGAUAUUAUUGAAGAAGAAGUGGCUUUACUUCAAGAAGAAUAUGAUAAUUAUGUGGAAUCACUAAAUCACACAAAGACAUUGCUGGAAGUUGGAAUUGUAAAAUGGACAGAAUAUGAAGAUCAAUAUCAAGAGGCUACCGAUUGGCUUGUACAAACAGAAGAGUUAGUACAAUCAUAUAACAAAUUACAAAAUACUUUGGAAGAGAAACGUACUGUUUUGGAACAAUUCCAAAUUCAAUUACAAACUUUGUUUGAUUGGCAAAAAGAACUUGAUCGAUUAAACAUGAAAGCACAAGUAUUACUCGAAACAUGUGCUGAUACAAGAAUUAGUAAUGCCGUAACACAAAUGACUACAAAAUACAAUGCCCUGUUAUCAAUGGCGAAAGAAAUAAUGAGACGUCUGGAAUUACAUUACCAAGAGCAUCAACAACAUUAUACACUUUAUCAAGAAUGUCAAGAUUGGUUGGAUCGUACUCGUGAUAAACUCAAUGAAUGCCAAGAAAUUCCAAAUACAUUAACUGAAGUGAAUAAUAAACUUCAAACCGUGAUUGGAAUACGACACUCUUUGGAGCAAGGACAAAAUAAACUUCGUUAUGCUUUGGAAUUAAAAGAAAAAGUAAUCAUGAAUACAGAAUCAGUUGGAGCGGCUAAAAUUCAAGAAGAUACUGAAAAUCUAAAACAAGAUCUUGAAAAACUUCUAAAUGAUGUACAAGAAAUACGAACAAAAUUAACAAAUCGUGCAAAUCAAUUAGAAGAAAUUCAUAAAAUACAUAAACAAUUAACUGACUGGUUGAACGAAUUAGAACAUCAAAUUCAACCAGAUGAACAAUUCUUGAACGAUUUAAGUGAAAAACGUGCUACAUUAGAGAAAUUCCGUGCUAUACAACGUGAAUUUAGUACACAAACAGAACUUGUUGAUAAAUUGAAACAUAAACUUGACGAGGAUGAAAGUGUUCCUCGAAAUGAAUUCGAAGCCAGUUUGAAAAAGUAUGAAGAUUUAAAAACAUUGCUGGCAACUAAUAUACAAAAUUUAACAACUCAAGUAAACGAACAUGAACAAUAUAAACAAGCGUACAGUGAUGCUUUAGAUUGGGUACGUAAAACACGAAUUGAAAUCCAACAAUGUUCUGAUACACAUGGUGAAAAACAAGUAACCCUCGAAAAGGAACAAAAAGUUGCGAAUAUUAUUGAAAAUAUGACUCAAGGUGAUUCACUUGUCACACGAACAAUUGAAUUAAGUAUCGUUGUAAUGAAAACAACUGGCAGUGAAGGUAAAGAUGUAAUUCGUCAAGAAAUUGAACAAUUGAAACAAGAUUGGGAAGGAUUACAGGUUAUUUCAAAGGAAACACACAAAUCAUUAACAAAAUGUAUUACUUCAUGGAAUGAAUACAACGAAAUUUAUAAUAAAAUGAAACAAUGGUUAGAUACCUAUCAAAAGAAAAUUGAACAUGAAAGUUCAAUUGAAAAGAAAACACCAGAAAAUUUAGAAACUUGCAAACAAAUAUUACAAGAUGUUAUUGCACAAAAACCAUCAAUGGAAGAGGUUACCGAUCGUUGUGAAGCUUUAAUGGAAUAUAGUGCAUGUUCAUGGGUACGAGAUCAAACUGUAACUUUACAAGGGAUUUAUACCACUUUAUUAACAACUAUUCAAGGUUUGGUGUCUUUAGUUGAAAAGAAUUUAUCUGAUCAUACAGAAUUCUUAAAGGCAAAGAAAGAACUUGAACAAUGGUUGUACACAGCACAUGGUUCCGUACAAGAUUGUAUUGGAGUUGGUGAUGAAGAUAGCACUAAAGAUAAAUUAGAAACAAUUCGUUUAGUAUCAACACGCAUGACUGAGGGACAACAUUUAUUAUCUUUAUUAAACGAUGCUUUUACAAAAGCUAUUAACACAACACCAGCAGAAAAACAAGAUAGUUUACGAGAAGAUAUGACUACGUUAAGAAAUAGUUGGGAUCAACUCUCAAUUGAUAUUCAAUCAGUGUUAGCACAAUUGAAAUCAACGUUAACACGAUGGGAGGAUUAUAACGAUUUGAAAACGCGCAUCGAUAAAUGGAUAACAAAUGUUGAAGAUACACUCAAACAAUCACAUGAUAGUAAAGGAGAACUUGGUGAGAUGAAAACUUUACAAGAACGUUAUAAACAUUUACAAGAUGAAGUUGUUAGUAAACAAGUUGAUUUAGAUCAUCUUUUAUCUGAAGCAGCUGAACUUGCUAAUUGGGCAAAACGUCCAGCUGUAUUAGAUGAUGUUAAACAAUUACAAGCACGUUUUGAUAAAGUAUCAGCUCGUUGUAAAGCACGUAAAGAACAACUUGAUUUAGAAAUGCAAGAGUACACGUUGUACCAUCAAUCAUUACAAGAUACUGAAAAAUGGUUGUUACAAAUUUCGUUCCAACUGAUGGCACAUAAUUCAUUGUAUAUAACGAAUCGGGAACAAACUCAAGAACAAAUUAAUCAACAUGAAGCAUUAUUAGAUGAUAUCCAAAAGUAUCAAACAACUUUAGAUGAUGUGAAAGCCAAAGGACAUAGUCAAAUACAACGAUAUGUUAAAACUACACCUAGCAUUCAAUCAACAAUUGAAACACAACUUGGAAAUGUUCAAGAUAGUUAUAAUUCAUUGUUACAUACUGCGAUUCAAAUUAAAAAUCGUCUUUAUGAAUCGUUGGCUAAAUUCAAAGAGUAUGAAGAUACUUUAGAAAGUAUUAUGAAUAAUUUAGAUUCAUAUGAACCAUUGUGUGUGGAAUUAGAUGUUCCCGUUUCUUCGAUUGAAGAAGCUAAUCAACAAUUAGAAAUUGCUAGGACUUUACAUAAUAAAUUACAAAAUGAAAAGUCACGUUUAGCGGUAGCAGUUCAAGCAUGCGAGGCUGCUACAGCUUGCAUUAGUCGUCCAAGUAGUCCACAAGAUCCAACUCCAGCUCCAAUUCCUGAAAGAGAAUUGAUGGUUCGAGCACGCCUAGAAGAUUUAAUUGAUCAGCCAAAUAGUAAGUUUGCUGAUAGUGAGAAUGGUAAUCAAACCGAACUAUUACUAGAACGUUUGAAAACUCAAGGAUUCUUAAAAAAAUUGAGCAUUAUAACAGAAAAAGUUCAAACACGCUUGAGUGCAAUUACAUCAACUGUUCAAGAAUUUGAAGAACAAGAGAAACAACGUAAAAUUUUACAAGAUUGGAUACAUACACAGAAAACUGCUGUAACAGAAUGGCGUUCAAAACCAUCUAAGCUACGACCAGAUGCAGCUAAACAAGAAAUAAAUACUUUCAAUGAUUUAAUGAGUGCCAUUACCGAAAACAAAAAUCGUUUAACAAUUGAAAAUGCUGCAACUGGUGAAAGUGAUACAGAUUUAGAAGAUGAUCUGAAACAACUUGAAGACUUCCUAAUUGAUACAAUUGCAAUUAAACAAACUGGCCAGAAUACAAUUGAAAGAUAUCGUACACUUAUUCAAGACACACAUGAAUGGUUUGAUAAUUUGGCAAAACGAAUGGAAGUUUUAGAUAAAGGUUCUGGUUUAAGUUGUGCACAAAAACAAGCACAAUUAAAUGAAAUUAAAAACGAAUUCGAGGAUAAAGGACCUAAGACAUUGGAACAAGUGAAGACUCUUGGAAAUGAAGUAAUAAAUAUUGUCAGUAAUUUAGAUUCACAACAAGUUGAAGAGCAAAUUAAAUCAAUUGAACGUCGCAAUAAUGAUAUUGCAAAACGAAUUCAACGAAAAUCACAAGUACUUGAAAUGACACGUAAAGGUAUUGAAGGAACUCGAAAUGAUAUCGAACAAGCCCGUGAAUGGGUAAGUGAUCGAACAGAAGAAUUAAAAGCACCAUCAACACUUAGCUACGAAAGUAGUGCAGCUGAUGAAAAAUUAAAGAAAUUAAAAGCAUUACUUAAAGAAAGUGAAUCUAAACAUGUUUUACAAGAAACUUUAGAAAAACGUGUUUCAAACAUGAUUAAUGAACUUGAAUCUUCUGAACAAUCAAAUUUGGAAGUGGCUUUACGUAGCUUAGUCAUUGAACAACGUGAAUUGAAUAAUUUAAUUAAAUCUGAAAUAGAAAAAGCCAAUACUGAUGGAAAUACUCGUAAGAAAUUCGAAAUUGAUUUAGAAAAGGCACAGAAUUGGUUAAAAUCAAAACAUAAUGAACUUCAAAAAUUAUCUGGAUAUUUACCACUUAAAGCGAUCACCGUUGAAAAAGAAAUCCAACAGCAUAAAAAUAUUGAAAAUGAAACUAAAGAAUUUAAUAAUGGGGCUUUGAAUGAUUUAACUAAACAAGGUAACGCUCUUUUGAAAGAUUGUAAUGAAACUGACGGUGCUCGAUUACAAUCUUUGUUGAAUUCUGUUAAUGCGGAAUAUGAGAGAUUGAAAACUGAAAUUGAAGAUAAAAUACAAUCAUUAAAUGGUAUUCUUCAAGGCAGAAAACAAUUUGAAUCGAAAAUUAAUAAUGUUCAACAAUGGUUAAAAGAAGCAGAAGUCGCUACCUCGUCAGAUAUUCGAACCACAACUGUUGAAUUAUUAGAGGAACAAUUAGCGAAAUACGAUAAAUUGAAACAAGAAGCAGAAAGUAUUUCGGACGAAAUUGAUCAAAUUAAUGAACAAGGUAAAGCUAUAUUACCAACAAUUAGUGAUGCAGAUAAAUUAUUAUUAUCGGAACAAAUCAGCGAUUUACGUGAUAAACAUACAAGAAUUGCAAAUAUUAUUCGUGAUCGAGCUGCAGAUUUACGCGAUAAAAUUGAUCAAUAUCGUGAAGCUGCUAAAAAGAUUGCGGAAAGUGUACAAUUUAUGGCACAAAUCCAAAAUGAAAUAAAAGAUUUAAAUAAACCGGUUGGGAGUAAAGUUGAAGAUGUUCAAGGAAUGCUUGCAGCUUAUGAGAAAAUACUUGGUGAAUUAAAAGCGAAUAAAGCGAAAUUAGGUGAUUUAUCUUUGGACAAUAUGGGUGAAUUGCAAGGUAUUGUUGAACAACAAGACGAUUUAAUUCGUAUUAUUGAAGAUCAAAUAUCAAAAUUACGACAGUUAUUAUUACUUCGUGAACAAUUCCUUGCACUUAUUACCGAAAUUAUGACAUUUAUUACGAAAUAUACGGAAAUUGUACGAGAUAUUGAAAAAUCAGGACAUACAAUUGAAGAAAAAAUUAAACGUUACGAUGAUGUUAUUGUUAAAAUUCAAGAAUGUGAGGCAAUGUUAUCAUCUGCUACAGAUAAAGGUCAACAAAUAGCUGCGGAAGGAACAGCUGCCGAUAGAAAUAAUGUGACUGAACAAUUGCAAUCGUUGAAACAAUCGUUACAAUCGUUAAGACGAGCUGUUGAAAAACAAAGACAACAACAUGAAUUGACUGUUGCUGAGCAUCGUAAACUUGCUGCUGAAUUAGAAGAAAUUCUAGAAUGGUUGCAUGCUAACGAAGCCUCAGUUAAAUCGCGUCCAUUACUUAAUCGUGAUAUUGACAGUGUGAAUAAUGAAUUAAAGAAUCAUCACACUUUAUGCACGAAUGUAAACAAAUAUCUUGAUAGAAUCAAGAAAUUACUAGAAUCAAAUCGGCAUGAAGAUGGAAUGCCUGGAUCAUUACUUGAACAAUUAUCCGAAGCAUCUUCAUUGUUACAAACAUUACCACGUGAAAUGGAAGAGCGUGAAAAAUAUUUAGAAAACAAUAAACAGUUGAGAGUUGACUAUUUUGUACUUGUUGAGAAAUUAAAAUCAUGGGUACGUGAGGCUGAAAUCCGACUAGAAACUGGUAAAGAUGGUGUUGAUUUCUUAAAUAUUGUCAGCGAUCUUGAAGAGCAUAAAAUAUUCUUUAGCUCUGAAAAUGCAAUGAAAGAAUUAGUAUCACAAAAAUUACAACAAGCUGCUGAUACAAUUUGGCCGAGUUUAACAGCAAGUGAACAGGAAGAACUUGGUGCGGAACAUCAAGCACAUAAUCAAUUAUUGAAGAAUACAUUGAAUCUAGCGAAAUCAAGGCGUGCACAGUUGGAACAAGAUGCAGAAAUUUGGAAAGAUUAUUGUCAAAUUUUGGAUAAAGUGCGUCAUGCAAUUGCCUUAUCACAAUUUACAGAUGAACCUGUUACUACACUUGCUGGGCUACAUUUCAAUAUUCAAAAAAUUUCACAUGCUUUAAAUGAUAUUCAAAAUCAACAAUUAGAUGUUGAUCUAUUAAAUGAACGUGCCAGUGAAAUUAUGAAACAAGCUGAUAGUUCAAAUCGUGAACGAAUUCAACGUGAAACCGCUGAUGUUACAAGUGAAUGGACUACAUUAAUUUCAAGUUUAGAAGCUCGUCGUGAUGUGUUAUCUAGUUUAGCGUCACGUUGGGAAGAAUUUGAAGCUUUGUGGCAAGCAUUUGAAAGUGCGUUAAUAUCGUGCGAAGAGAAAUCAAAGCAUGUGGAUACGGUUGUUCGAUCGCAACCACAUAUUAUUGAAGCACAUAAUACAUUAAAGACUUUACUCGCCGAAACUGAAUCAUUAAAACCACAAUAUGACGAAGUUGUGGCAUUGUCGGGAACAAUUUUGGUAUUUUUACGAGAAUGUUCUGAAUCAUCAGCCACAACUUUAUCAGCGAAGUUGCAACAAUUACAAGAUCAAUAUACACGGCUUUUAGAUACGCUAAAAGAAAAAAUAAAUACUACAAAUUCAGAGGUGGACUAUAUUGAUUCUACAUUGAAGAAUAUAGACAACUUUGAACAACAAUUAACAAAUCUAAAUAAAGAGAUUGUUGAAUUUUAUGUAUUCAGUGAAUACUUAGACAACACUGAAAAAGAAUUAACAAAUAUACAAGAAAAAGUGAAUACAUUCGUUGAUCGUGUUAAAACAUUAAUUGGACAAAUACGUGAACGUUACAUAUCACAACAACAGUUAAUACCAUCUGACGUUAAUCAAAAGUUAACUGCAUUAGAAUUACUAGCUGAAACAAUUGCUACAACAAUGGAAGAAAAAGCACGUGAAUUUAAACGUGCACGAACCGUACGCACCGAGUACUUACAAGACGUAGAAAACGUACAAAAAUGGAUGCAAAGUGCUGAAUUAAAAAUACAAGAUCGUUCAAUUGAACCUCAUCAAUUAAAAGAUCAUUUGAAACAAAUUCAAUCUGAAUUUAGCACUGUCUCUGAUCAAUUAGAGAAAUUAAUUAAAAAUGGUAAAGUAAUUAUAGAAAAAUCACGUGACGAAGAGGAAAAAGUUUUAAUACAAUCAACAAUUAAUAACUUAAAUGAACAAUUACAACAAGUUAAACAAUGGCUUGAUGAUAAAAAACAACAAGUGAACGAUGCAUUAGAUUCAUGGCAGCGUUUUAUUACGUUAUAUAAUAAUGUUAUGGUUUGGGUUAAAGAAAAACGUACAUUCUUAGUGGAACCAUUACAAUUGAGUACAUUAUCUGAAACUAAAAAGAAACUACAAGAAUAUUCGGCAGCUGUGAAAACAACUAAAAAUAUCUCGAAGAAUUUAAGUGAUAUGGGUAAAGAAUUGGAAAGUAUUGGUAAAAUUACAGCUGUUGGUGAUUUACCAAGUAAACUUGAAGAAGCAGAAGAAGCUAAAACUGAAGUUGAAGCACAAUUAUUGGAGAGGAACGCCUUAUUACAAGAAACAUCUGAAGAAUGGGAACAAUGUGAACGUAAAAUGAAAGAGGUGAAAACAUGGAUUGAAAAAUCAAAUGCCACAUUGGAAUCACCUCAAAAUAAGAAAAAACCAUUACGUGACCAAUUGGCAAUACGUGAAAAAAUGCGUGCCGAUGCAUCAAUUCAACAACGUAAAAUAUCAAUAUCAGUUGAAAAGUUACAAGUUCACUUUAAAUCUGGUAUUGGUGGAGAUACUAAAAUCACUGAUGAAGCAAACGCUCUUAUUAAUGAGUUAGAAGGUGUACAUACUGAAAUUAAUAAGGAAAUUAAAAAUUUGGAAGAGUGUUUGGAACAAUUGGAGCAAUACCAACAUGAAAUUCAACAACUUCAACAACAAGUUGUUCAAGUGGAACAACAAUUACGAACAACAAUGGCUCCAACAUAUGCACCUCAUGAUCCUGAGAAAGCUCAACAAGACCAACAGACAUGUAGAGAACGACUAAGGACAUUACAAACAAAAAUUGCUGCUCGUAAUGAGCGCAUGAAAUUAGUAGUGCAACGAGGAACACCAGACUCGGAGCCAUUUGAGACGUAACAAAACAUUUAAUCAAAAAUUAUCAACCCUAACUUGACAAUGAAAAUUAAAUUUUCAACUUAAGAUAAAGUCAUAACAUCCGACUUUUACUUGACAUUAAACGAAUACAUGACAUUUGACUGAAUUGUGGAAAAACCUAUAUGAAUCUCAUAUCGCAGCCACCAUCUAUUUUUAAUUAACUUAUUGAAAUUAUGAUCUUAAAAAUAUUAAAGUUAAUUUUUUAUUAUAAAUAAUAUAUCGUGCGUAUCAAAUAAAAUUCUAUAAUUCUUAUAAAAACGCGAU